GUCAAGAUGAGAGAGAAAACAUUCGAGAAUGAGAUGGAAAGAUGGUUGGGAGGGAAGGAGGGAAGGAUAUUGAGAAGACUAUGGCUACAACUCGAGAAAUGUGGCGGAGACGAGAUACUGUUCGAGCGUUCGACCAAUGUGAUGCUGAAACGACGACCAUGCAACCGUGCGAUAUGACUCGAACCUCACAAGCAAGUGCCGCGGCAACAUGGAAUAGAGAGAGCGGAAGAGUUGACUGGGUUGUGUGGCGGAAGUUGGGGGACGUGCCGCCUUCGAGUGUAACUCGCAGACAAACAGAAUCCUGCUCGCAAAGCCAUGACGAAGAUUGUGACAGAGACCAAGAGAAGGCAGAAGGUGACGGACAUUCAAGUGCAGGAGGUGAUAAAGAGCAAGAUGGAGAUAGAAUAGAAAGCCUGAAGAUGUCAAGCGGUGACGGCGGUUUCUUGGUGGUAACAGACGGUAUCGUUGUUGGUCCGGAAGGGCAUUGUUGGUCGGACUUACAUAUGGAUGUCUACGAAAGCACUGAUUGGGUUUUAUGCGAAUUUGGAGGUCAAGAACAGCUAGAUAGAUUCGCUCGAAUGCGCGUCCUGGAUGGUGAAGCUGUUGCGCAUCGCAGGGUGUCGCAUCGGUCGGGAUUGAGAGGUGGCUGCUUUCGUGGUGUGUUCAUCGGACCUAGAGUCAGUAGGCGCGUUCUUGCAAGACAGACACAUGGGCAGAAAGAAAAGAAGAAGGACGGCAUCAUGUUUCAACCGCAUGUCCAUAACCCUUCUGGCCGAGAACAAAGAAACAACCCUUCCUGCAAGUAUCGUAAAAAGCCAUAAUUUUUUCCUUCUUUUGACAGUGUCGGGCUAGGCGUUCGAGUUGGGGGUUGUGAUGGUAUUUUGGUAGGAAAAAAAGAUGAUGCGACAAAGGCAUUUUGCUUUUUUAAGGCUGCAGAAAAAGGACUACGCUGCACUUCCUGUCGCCUUGAUUGCUGCCCCAUCCCAGAGAAGACUCCCGUAAAUGACCAUGAU